GCAACUUUGCCACGACACAGCAUUGCCACUGCACACAACUUGCUGCUUCACCCCACUUCCAUCCAUCCUUCCAUCCAUCCACACAGCACAGGCAGACGGGCAUGGCGACAACGAAGCGGGUGCUCAACUUCUCCGCAGGGCCUGCACGGCUGCCCUUGCCUGUGCUUGAGCGCGUGAGCACCGAGCUCUUCAACUGGCAUGGCUGCGGCAUGAGCGUCAUGGAGAUGAGCCAUCGUGGAAAGGACUUCAAGUCAAUCAUCGAGAAGGCCGAGGCAGACCUGCGCAAGCUCAUGUCCAUCCCAGACAACUACAAGGUCCUCUUUCUACAAGGAGGCGCCACGGCCCAGUUUGCCGCAGUGCCGCUGAACCUGACAUCCGAUUCUUCCGCUGUUGCCGACUACAUUGUCUCUGGCGGGUGGUCGGCGAAGGCCGAGAAGGAGGCACACAAGUUCUGCAAGACACAUGUCGUCAACCCCAUCGUGGACAAGUACACAGACAUUGCCGAUGAGAGCACAUUCAACUUCUCAGAGAAGCCCGCAUAUGUGUACUACUGUGAUAACGAAACUGUCUUUGGCGUCGAGUUCCCACACGUCCCAGCCGUUCCAGAGGGCGUGGAGCGGGUGUGCGACAUGUCUUCAAAUUUCCUCACUCGCCGCGUCGACGUCUCGAAGGUCAACACGCAUGGUUGUGCGUGCGAGUCUGUUGGCGGGCUGCGGGCGUCGCUGUACAACGCAACGACGAUGGAGGAGACAGAAGUGCUCGCACAGUUCAUGCGCGACUUCCAGGCUGCACACGCGUGAUGACGUGACAUUGCUGCGAUUAUGUGAUACAGUGUCUCACACAGAUGUACAUCAUACAUUGCUCAACGCAUGGAUUGGGGUCCGUGUUGCUCAUCGCUUACCCUUGGCUCGAUGGCCUUGGCUGUGUCGUGUUACAUUACAUUACUGCCCUCAUGCCCUGCUGUUUCUGUUGCUUCCACUGUUGACUGUGCUUGCCACUAUUCAUUCCAUAAACAACAAGCAAC